AUGCGUCUUUUUAGGUGUCAAGAUGCCAGAUAUAUGGUUCUGACUCCAAAGUCGAUCCAAUCAUGUGCUCCGUAUUCAUUUAGUGCCCGAGCCUUUGGCAACCAUUCCUACACAUUGAAGGCGGAACUUCAACGUUCCUAUAGUGGGAAUACAAUUUCUUCAAUUACCACUGAAAUAUUGCCUGGCGAUACAAACACCGUUACGUUACAGGUUCCAUGUAAUUUAACUUCUUGGAGCAUCUAUCUUAUUCUGACGGGUACUGGUGAAACUACGUUUAAUAAUCGUCAAUAUCUGAGUGUGAACAGCAGAAAUAUGGAAAUCAUCAUACAAACUGAUAAAAAGGUGUAUAAACCAGGGCAAACAGUAAAAUAUCGGGUAUUUGGUGUUCGCUCGGAUUUACAAGUGGUAUGUUCUAACUAUACCGUUACUGUCACAGACCCCAAGAGAAACAAAAUUCAUUUAUACACUUCUGCUGGAGAUGACUAUUGUAUAAUUGAAAGGGAUUUAAAGCUUCCGAAGGAACCAAUAUUUGGAGCAUGGAAAAUAAAAGCGACAGUAAAGAAAAUGGAGCAUACACAGACAUUUAAAAUUGAGAAAUAUGCAAGGUUCUUCAAUACAUUAACUCAUCCACAGUUUGCUUUCUUUCAAGUUUUACCUAAAGCUGAAGCUAAAGUUAUAAUGCCGUAUAUUGUAAGUCAGAAGGAUAAGUCGAUUACAGUACAAGUUUCAUCUCAAUAUACGUUUGGUAAGCCAGUAAAUGGAUCUGCUAGAUUAAGGAUAAUUGUUAACUAUUAUCCUAAAAGAAAAUAUCAAAAAGAUCCAGAUACAGGAAAAUAUGGUUACGUUGAUCUGACCCAGCCUGAACUUAUAUAUGACAUGCAGUUGGAUAAAAAUGGGAAAGGUACUACUGUUAUUACAACAGAAAAAUUAAAGACAAUAGCCUAUGGAAGAUAUCUUUCCUACAAGACAAUAAUUGGUCAAGUAAAUGUGACUGAUGACGCAACUGGAGCGACGUACAUCUCUCAAACCAGUCAAAUUUCAGUGACUAGGACUAGAGAAAAGUUAAGCUUUGUUCUAAAUCCACAGAACUACAAGCCUGCACUUGUUAACAGAUUCUAUAUUGAACUCAAGCAGAUGGAUGGCAAACCAGUUUUGGAACCAGGUAAUAUUAUUGUAAGUUCCAGGGUUAAAAUCCUCAUACCAGAAGAACCAGCUACAGAACCACCACCACCAUCCGAGAACUCGGACAACUCAUCCACGCCAACUCCUCCUACUACUCCUCGAUGGAGAUAUGGUCAUUAUGGCUGGGGCUAUGGUCGCUAUGGCUACCCGCCUUGGUGGUAUGACCCUAACUGUAAGGAUCCACAAUAUAGAUAUGAAAAUUUACCAGAAAAAAAUUUGACUGUACCAGCCAACGGUCUAGUGACGUAUGAUUUAUUGGUGAAUGAAACCGAUUCUGUUGAGGUUUAUCUAAAGGUAUAUUAUGUAGAAGAUACUGACGUAUAUACAUCAAGGACUCUAACAUCUUUCAAAUCCCCGAGCAACACAUUCUUGUCUGUCUCUCUUAAAACUAACAAACCAGCGUCUGGAAAAAAAGUUGAGCUCGAACUCAAAGCUACUCGAGAAUUUAGCAGAGUUUAUUACACAAUUCUGUCUCGAGGAGUGCUGAUCACAGAAAAUCACCAAGAUUUCAGUACAACAAGUAAAUCUCAAAUUCUCAGCUUUUCCGUAACUAGCGAUAUGGCACCAAAGCUUAAAAUCAUAGUAUUUAUUAGAGUGGAAGAUAAAGAAAUUGUUGCUGAUGCUAUCUCAUUUAAUGUUGAGGGAUUUUUUUACAAUAACAAGGUAUCGUUAAUGUUCGAUUCGGAUAAAGUAGAAACUGGAUCCAUAUCAACUCUCAGUGUUAAAGCUUACAGAAAUUCUAAUGUUUAUGCUGUAGCUGUUGAUAAAAGCACCACUUUACUUGGAGAAGCAUCAGAUGAUUUCAGCCAAGAGGUGAAAGAAUUCUUAGACAAAGUUAGCAGUAGGAAUUAUUAUAGAAAGAAGAGGGAAGCUCUCUUUAGAAAGAGGAGUGGAUCUGAAAAACUUUCUCGUACUAAACGAUCAGUAUGGUGGCCAUACGCUUAUACCACAUCUGGAACCGAUGUUGAUGACAUAUUCAGAUAUACUGGUUUAAAUAUUAUAUCUGAUGCCUUAGUCUAUAAAUACCAAGCACCAGAACUAUGUCGGCGUUUUUAUGCAUAUCCAGCUGGGACAUCAGCUACUGAGGGUCCGCAACAAUUACCACCAGGGCAAGCUCCCGAUGUUGCCUCCAGGAAUUUUGAUGAGGAAGUUUCUGCUAGAUCAUUCUUUCCAGAAACAUGGAUUUGGGAGUCACAAAAUGCUGGCUCUACAGGGAUCGCCAACUUCACAUUAAAAGUACCAGACACUAUCACAACGUGGGUUGCCAGUGCUUUUGCUAUCAGUCCAAAUCCCUCAAUAGGAGUUGGUAUGACGUCAGACGUAGCUGAGCUGACAGCGUUUAGAGAGUUUUUUGUGAUGUUGAAUCUGCCCUAUUCUGUUGUUAGAGGUGAAGAACUGGUUAUAAAAGCCAGUGUGUUUAACUAUCUUGGUUUUGAUACAGAGGCUGAAGUAAUGUUAGGAAAUCCAAAAGGAUUUGUUAUUAUUCAAGUUGAUGCUGACGGAUUUGAAGUCGAAUCCAUGGUAACAGAGACCACAAGAAUAAACGUACCCAAAGAUGGAGCUGCUACUGCUUAUUUUACUGUUAGAUUUCUGGAAGUUGGAUAUAUCGAUCUACAGGUUUAUGCUCGAACUGUUACAUUACAAGCUGGCGACAGGAUUUUAAAGCCAAUGUUCGUUGAGGUUGAAGGAAUAUCACAAGAAUACAAUGAAGUAGUGAUUGUAGAUUUGGUUGAACAGAAUUAUUUCAAUAGAAGCGUAGAAAUACGAUAUCCCAGUAAUGUUGUACCAGAUUCACAGAAAGUUGUCGUUACUGCUUAUGGAGAUCCACUAAGCUCGGCUCUACAGGAUAUUGAAAAAUGGAUCAAAAGGCCAUAUGGUUGUGGAGAACAGAAUAUGAUCAACUUUGUACCCAAUAUUUAUAUCUGGGCAUAUCUUCAUUGUACUGGACAAUUGACCCCGGCUAUACAAACCAAAAUAAAGAAUUAUUUAGAAAUUGGUUACAGUGGAGAAAUGAGAUAUCAACGAAAUGAUUAUUCAUUCAGUGCGUUUGGUGACGGAGAUAGCUCUGGUAGUCAGUGGCUAACAGCCUAUGUAGUAAGAACAUUCAGUGAAGCUCGUCAAUACAUCUAUGUUGAUGAAAAAAUAUUAGAGUAUGCUGUUAAUUACUUGAUAAAUAAUCAGAAUGAAGACGGUACUUUUAAUGAACCUGGCCGUGUUUUUAGUAAAGCAUUAAAGGGCAGUUCGUUUGAAGGAAAUGGUUUGAAUGCCUUUACUUUGAUUGCUCUUUCUGAAGUUUCUGAAAUAAUGCAGGGACAAUUAUAUUUUGCUAACAGCAUGUACAUAUCUAUUCAACAACUAGAAACAGCAUGUGAAACAAUGACCAACAUAUAUGAUCUCGCUAUUACGGCUUAUGCUUUAUAUGUAGUUGGAAGUACGAAGUCAUCAAAUAUCUUACAGAAGCUGGAAUCUUUACAAACCACUGAAGAUGGUAUGGUAUAUUGGGAAGUUGUUAUUGAGGCUGACAGAGUUCAGUAUUACUGGAAUCCACCACACAAACAAAGUAGUCCGGUUAAUAUUGAGACUGCUGCUUAUGUUUUACUUACUUACUCUAAAAUGGGAGAAAAAGAAAAAGGUAUACCUAUAAUGAAGUGGUUACUUUCACAACAAAACAGCAAUGGUGGUUACUCCUCUACGCAGGCAAUUAUUGACAAAAACGAUACAGUGGUUGCACUUCAAGCUUUGUCACAAUUUGCUUGUCUAUUACAUGGUGGAAGUUACGAUAUAACUCUAAAUGUAUUUGCAUGCAGACAAAGUAGAACAUGGACUAUAUCCCAGAGUUCUAGUCUAUUUAAAUGGGAGACUCGUGAAACCACUGAUAGUAUUGAUAUCGAGGCUUCUGGUACCGGUAGUGGAAUCGUCAUGAUAACUGUCAAAUAUAACAUUGAAGAACUGGUAGUCCAAUCGACUUGGGGACUCAGUGUCGUAACAGAAUCUGAAACUUUGGAAGUUCUCGUGAUCAAAGUUUGUUUUGACUGGAAGGUUCUCAACCAGUCAAGUGGAAUGGCAAUAUUAGAAACCGUUUUAAUCAGUGGUUUCCGAGUAGACGAUUCUCAGCUUCAAAAUAAUAAACUUAUAAAGAGGAUGGAAUCAGACCAAAGAAAAUUCACUCUCUAUUUCGAUGAGGUUGGGAAUACACCAAUGUGUUUAAAACUAAGACUAGUAAAAGGUGAAGUUGUUGGAAAAGUGAAACCAGGUUUUGUUACUAUAACAGAUUAUUAUAAUCCGGAGAAUAGUGCUACAGUCUCCUACAAGUCAUCUAUAGGUGAAAAUGCUCCGGUUUGUGCUCUGUGUCCACAAGGAGUCUGUGGUGAAUGUAAGGUUGGUAAGAAGAGAUAGAUAUAAUGUUAAUGUAAUGAUAUAGUUUCCUAAAACAUAAUCUAUAUUGACAAUAAAUUAUUCUGCAUCCCA